AUGUCCGCCCCAGCUCAGAAUCUCGCUCCUCCCAAGGAUGAUCCUAUCCCUGCAGCUGAGCUAGCGAAAUAUAAUGGAUCAGACCCUUCUAAACCUAUCUAUGUGGCGAUAAAGGGUAAAGUAUACGAUGUGAGUCCUAAGAGGGAGAUGUACGGUCCUGGUGCGGGAUACAACAUUUUCGCUGGUAAAGAUGCCAGUAGAGGCCUUGGAAUGUCCUCUUUGAAAGAAGAAGAUGCAAUCGCAGAUAUCUCCGGACUGGACGAAGCACAACACAAGACGUUGGAUCAAUGGGAGGGUUUCUUUGCUCAAAGAUACAACAUUGUCGGGAAGGUCGUCCCUUAA